ACCAGAGAGUGUUGAAACAUUGAUAAAUCAAAUUCACCAUAACCCAUUUGGUUAAAUUUUUAGGUUGAUUGGUGAUUAAGCAGAGUUGAUUGGAUUAGCGUAUGAUAAAGCAAACACUACAUGUUUGUCCCUAUCCACACCAUUAGAACGAAGAAUAUAUGCUAUAUGUGUAUAUAAUAAUAAUAAUAGAAAAGGUAAUAAAAAAAUAAAAUAAUUUAUCACUAGGAUGAAUAAAUAGGGGAGGGCAUUGAGUAUUUUUGCAAGGCAAUCUACUUGUGAGAGAGUUUUGAAAGCAUUGAAACCAUGGCUCUUGCUGGAAAGUUAGUGAGUGAAGUAAGAGUAAACAUAGCAGCUGAGAAAUACUACAAAAUCUGGAAACACGAAGUUUCUCAGGUUCCCAAGAUUUGUCCAAAAUACAUCCAAAAAGUUGAAGUUCAUGAAGGGGAUUGGGACAGCCAUGGCCAUGGCUCAGUCAAGAUCUGGCAUUACUCUAUCGAUGGUAAGGCUGGGUUUUUCAAAGAACGAGUGGAAUUCGAUGAUAAGAAUAUGGCAAUGAUUUUGAUUGGAUUGGAUGGAGAUAUGUUCGAGCAUUACAAAUCCUUCAAAGCAACGUAUAAAGUUGUGCCAAAAGGACCAAACCAUUGUCUGGCAGUUAUGAUACUGAAAUAUGAGAAACUACGUGCUGACUGUCCUUCUCCUUACAAGUAUAUUGAUCUCAUGAAUGGCCUCACCAAGAGCAUUGAAUCUUACCUUCAGUAAUAAUGCUAUCUAUACGCAUAGAUUUGAGCUUUGUUUCCCCUCUUUCAUUCUAAGCUUAUGGGUUAUGUAAUACUAAUUAUAAUAAUAAUAGAUAAAUAAUGGUCACUCUCAUGUAAAGAGGGAUGAACUUUGAGUACUAUGUUUGCUUAAAUAUAUAAUAUGUUAUGUUUGGA